AUGUACACAUGCUCCACAUGGUAUAUAAGAGGUGGAAGAGGCUUCGCUGGUGCGCAGCGGGCCGCGGAGCAAGCCAUCCGAUCGAUCCAGGAUCAGGCUCUUCACCAGAUAUCUGGCACUUUUAAACGUACGUCACGACAGGCCCUAGAGGUCUGCCUCCAUGUGCCACCUGCAGAGCUCACACUUGCAAAGCUGGCUGAGGAGGCCUGCCUGCGGAUCAUGACCUCGCCGCUUCGAUCUACGCUUUGCCACGUACGUGGCCAAGCCCACCGUAACGACCCAUACGCGUCGCCACUUCAUCGACUGGAAACAGCCAUCAACUGCAAACUUGGACGUGAUACUAGCCAACGUAUCGAGACGAUCUACCCCUUUGUAGUGCCACCGCGGUGGGAACCACCAGAAGCAAGGAUUGACGACACCCGUGAGGAGGCUAUCAAGGCUAUUGAAGCAACCUCAAGAGCAGAUACAACAAUACAGUUCUUUACCUACGGAAGCGGCUUUGACAAUGGGAUUGGGGCAGCGGUCUACUCAUCAAUAGGACAGGCUUACAAGCCAGCGCCACGUGCCAGCCAGGGAGGUCUUCCGGGUAGUAUAUCCUUCGACGGAUCGUACGACACCUGGGCCUCCUACGCGACAACCGAUCUCUAUGGCGUGUACGACUACAGCAACGAGAAAGCAGACCAACUUGCAAAGUUGGCCGCAGUUGGGGCGACACGGCGUACACAGGAGAACACCCGUGUAGCCAGGUUCCAUGCACCCAACAAGACUACACCACGCGCCGCACGAAUGUUUGUGUCACCAGAGGCUACGCGCAGGCUUCGCAAUGUGGUGGAAGGAUCAAUGGGAGCACGCCGAGCAUGGGCGGCAUCUCUAUCGGAUAAUCAGAGCGCCAACGAAGAGGUUGUUGCAGCUGCACGAGGGAUUACGACGGGCUUGGAGUUCGGUGUUGAUCCAACUACAAACAGGUAA